CGCCGUUGCCAGGCAUCCGCCGGGAAAAGAUAACCUAGUGGAGGGGUGGCGGCCGCCGGGACUCCGGAAGCCCAUUCUUCACCCGGAAAUGGUUGUCGAGAAACAUGGCGUUGCUGCUGCGAGUCCUUAGGAACCGGAUUAGCAUCUCCCAAUGGGUUCCAGUAUGCAGCCGAUUGCUACUUGUGUCUCGUACACUGGGACAGUGGGGCAGGGCUCUGUCUGGUACUUCCCAGUGGCCCCAGAUGAGCCAGGCCCUAGCAUGUGGUGGAUCAGUACAGAUUCCUGGAGUAGACGCUCAGCGUAGUAGGAAGUAUCAUACCACAGAUAAGCUUUCUGCUACCAAGGAUUCCCCACAGCCUGUUGAGGAGAAGGUUGGUGCCUUCACAAAGAUAAUAGAAGCCAUGGGAUUCACAGGACCUUUGAAAUACAGUAAAUGGAAGAUUAAGAUUGCGGCCCUGCGCAUGUAUACUAGCUGUGUGGAGAAAACUGACUUCGAGGAAUUCUUUCUAAGGUGCCAGAUGCCUGAUACAUUCAAUUCGUGGUUUCUUAUAACUCUGCUUCAUGUCUGGAUGUGUCUAGUCCGAAUGAAGCAAGAAGGCCGGAGUGGGAAAUACAUGUGUCGUAUCAUAGUUCAUUUUAUGUGGGAGGAUGUUGAGCAGCGUGGCAGAAUCAUGGGGGUUAAUUCCUAUAUCCUGAAGAAGAACAUGAUGCUUAUGACAGAUAAUUUCUAUGCGGCAAUCUUGGGAUAUGAUGAGGGGAUCCUUUCAGAUGACCGUGGGCUGGCUGCUGCCCUCUGGAGAACCUUCUUCAACCAGAAUUGUGAAGACCCUCGACAACUUGAAUUGUUGGUGGAGUAUGUGAGGAAACAGAUACAGUACCUGGACUCCAUGAACGGUGAGGAUCUGCUUCUGACAGGGGAGGUGAGCUGGCGCCCUCUAGUGGAGAAGAAUCCUCAGAGCAUCCUGAAACCCCAGUCCCCAACUUAUAACGACGAGGGUCUUUGAUGGGCGGGUGCCUCCGAACAGCUGGCCAGCUAGCUUUGAGGAACUGCCUGAAGAGAGGUGCCUGCUUGGCCCAGGAUCCUGCAGGAAGUGGCCCGAACUGACCUUUGAAUAGCAUCUGUCAAAUACUUGGCCCCAUUUAUAUUGAUUUUCCUCUUUCCGCCCUGGAGUCUGAUCGGGUGGGGUACAGUGCUGGGAGAAUCCUUAGCCCUUCUAAGGUGUUCUCUCCCUCGAGAGAAGCCCUGAGCAGGAGCUCCCCUGCGCACACUCCCCAAGUUCCCUCCAGGAACCAUGUGAUUGACAGCUUUUCCCAAAGGCCACAGAAGGGAAUGGGGGUAGGUUAGAAAGGGGACACCCACUCCUCCCCAAAGGCCCACUGUGGCCUAGGAGCAGUUUGUAACGCCGCUGAGUCAAGACUGGUAACCACGCUCUGUCCUCAGGCUUUGAGCCGUGGGGUUGAGUUGGCCAUUAAAAGAAACAGAGACUUCCCUCUGCCAUGGCUCUUUUAUUCCUGGGUCUUUUAGAAACUUACCUGAGAUGGUGGAUGCCGUGAGCUGAGGAGCACUGCCCAGCUCAGUUAGAGACAGGAAAGGGGAGAGGCUCAGGGGGGUCUCUGCCACUACUUCUGCCUCCAGUUCAUGGAGAUGUCGCUGUUCUGGCCAAGGCACAACAUGCCAGGCCCCAGCCUUGGGGACCUAGGAGGCCUCUGUGGCCAGGGGGCUUGUCACAUUCUGAGUCAUUUGGAAAGAGGCCUCAAGAGAACGGUCCCUUUGUCACACACACCCCCAUUGAACUGAGUGAGGAACAUGCUUUCUUUCCUCUCUUGGCUCCCUCUUACAUGAGAUAUUGAGGAGAAGGGGAGAACACACACUUCCUGGCUUAGUUGCACCACCCUAGGACCAAGCCCCAUGCCCAGCCUUCCACCCGCUUCCCAGCUUCCGGAGCAUGUGCUGCAGAGCUACCUUGGUCUGAGGACUUGAGGACCAGUCCCCUCCUCCCUCUGAGUGUGGGUCAUCUCUUGGGGGAUUUUCUUUAAAUUGAAGAAAGGGGGCGGAGAACCAUACUGCCCCUCCCCCUACCAAACUUCCUUCAUUUAACUUGCUAUAAAAUGAGUCAUAUAAAGAAACUCUAUAUGGGUGAGGUAUAUCCCACUUCUGUGAAAACAUUACAAAUCAAACUGCCUUCUCUAAGUUUAUUUAAGAUGCUUUUGUUGCAUGCGGAGCUCUAGAGUGAAGCCUCUGUGUGUGUGAGAUAAUAACACCUUGUAACUCAUUACAGCUGGGCACUAUUUACAUAAACCAGAGCUGAGCCAGGCAGGAAUUUGCUGAUUAAUUUAUUUUUAAUGGAGUGAAGUAUACCAUGCACCAAAAUAAACUUUACUGUGUGUACCUAACUGCUCCUGGAAUGGAUGGAAAAAUUAAUGGAACAGAUUUUGGCUCCCAACUCUACACAUUAAUUUAUAUAUAAAAGUUAUUUGAGCCUUAACCCAUUUGCUGCACAGGGCAGCUCCCCAACCACAGAUGCCAGCCUGCAGCACCAGUUUAGCUACCGGGCUUGCUUUAGAAUCAUGGAAGCUCAGAUUUGGAAGGAACAUUUAAUCAUUGAGUCCAGCCGUGGUCCAGAACUUGAAUCCCCUUCUCAACAUCCCGGUUGCCCUAUGUUCAUACGCGCCCUGUAUGAAUACCUCCAGCAGCAGAUGGUCCCCACCUGCAGAGGCAAGUCCUGUCUCCAUAAGAUGAAUAAUCAUCAAACUCUGCAACUUAUAAUACAGAGCCAAAUCGAUCGGUCAUGUCUGUGAUGUCCCAAAGCCCUCACUUCCUGGCCGUAGGCAUCUUUCACUGACUGCACCCCCCCCCCAAGAUAAAAUCCAGGUUCCUUGAAAGCUGCAAGGCCCUUCUUAGUUUGAUCCUUGUUUGUUUUUGUGUCUCCAACCCAUUUCUUCUCUGAGCAAACUGAACCACUUGGGGUUACUUGAAGAGACUACCCUGUAUGUUUUCUCUACCUGGAAUCCUCUCCUGUCUUCUGACUAAAGAAAUCCCACAUGUCCCAAAUACCACCCUCUGCUGUCACCCCAGGCAGUAUUCUCCAGUGGAACUAUUUUUCAUACACCCACCCUGCAUCCUGCACUGUGAGCGCCACCAGAGUGGACACUGGUGUUUGGAUUGAUCACCUUUGUUUUUCCGGCGUCCAGCAGCUUGCCUGGGCCUUAGUAGGUACGGUGUGAGCUUUGAUAAAUCAAAGAAGGAUGAAUGACUAAAUCACCAAUCUUUAUCUGUACAAGCCCCACAAAAAACCCCUUUCUGGACCAUUCUCAUAAGUCUGUAGUAUAGUUCAGCUUCUUUUAAUAAUUCAUACAGUAUGAAGUACCUCCUUUGACCUUCGAAUAGGAAUGAAAGCCAAAUGUUCUUUGAUAGCUAGAUGUUUUUCUAUUGCAAGUUGUUAUACAGAACAAGUGAAAGACAUGGUUUCUUUGCCCUCGAGGAGAUUGCUCUCUGGGAAUAAUUUUGUCAUUUAUUUGUACUCUGUAUACUUCCAGAAAGGGUCACAGCAAAUUAAGAGACACAGAUGUAAAAACUGCAAAACAAAGUUUAAAAUAUAAGAUGCAAGUAUUGGUAUGUUAGAAAACCUAUUGGUGUAUUCGCAUGACUUUUUUGGCCGUUUAUAAAGUAUGAUCUCACGUGUGCAUUGUUUCACAGCAGUCCUGUAAAAUAGGUAUUGUUCUCCUGGUUCUUAUCCCCUUUACAUCAGAGAGGGGACUAUGGCUCAGAGAGGCCUAGAGAGGCCUGGAGGGUUAACCAGGGCAAGAAGGGGCCUCGCGUGCCCAGCCCCCAGCUUCAGCCCCGGGCUCCUUGCUCUCCCCCCACCCGACACUGCAGGUCAGUGAGGAAAUCUGCAAUUGAGUAUUAAACCUUGCUCUGAGCUCCUGGAAGCCAAAGGCAGAAAUGAGAGAGACUGGGGACUUCCCUGGUGGCACGAUGGUUAAGAAUCCACCUGUCAGUGCAGGGGACACCGGUUCGAUCCCUGAUCUGGGAUGAUCCCACAUGCCGGGGAGCAACUAAGCCUGUGCGCCACAACUGCUGAGCCCAUGGACCACAACUAAGAGUAGCCCCCACUCACCCCAACUAGAGAAAGCCCGUGCGCAGCAACGGAGACCCAACACAGCCAAAAUAGAAAGAAAGAAAGGAAGGAGACAGGCUGAAGGUUAUGUCGUUCCCAUUGUCGCAUGAAAGGAGUUAUAUUUAUUCAUCAGAAGAAAAAAACGUUUUCUUUACUAUUCAGAGAAGACUAUAUUAUAGGGUCUUAAAAUGAGAAACAGUGAACAAUGUAGCGAAUAGUACCCCUAAGAUGUCAGGUUUACCUAAAAUUUUAAAAAGCGCAAGUAUUGCUUUCUUACAUCAAGCUGAGAUUAAAGCCCAGGCCACACUUCAGCCAGUGUUUUCUGUGUUUCUGUUCUGCGUCAGACACUGCUUGGUGUUUUCAGUUUGUAUCUCAUUUACUCCUCCGUGACAGUUCUGUGAGGUAAGUAUUAUUUAUAAGCUCAUGUUACUGCUGAGGGGACUGAAGCUCG